CUUCUUCGCCGCGGCCUCUCGGCGCGUGACUGGCUGAGGCGUGGGCGCCGCUCCCACAGCGCCCGCCGCAGGCCGCGGGGCAGACCAGUCCCCGCUGCCGGUCAGGGGAGACCCCACCCCCACCCCGAGCGACCCCCUCGAGGGGGACACCAGCCCAGAAAGUCGAGAAAUUGUCGAGCUGGGGGAGGGAGUGAAGCGCUUCCGGUAUCCCGCCCCUCCCCGUCAGGUGAUCACGCGAGACGGAAAGAGAACCUGAAGCCCCGGCGACGCCCGGAACAGGAAUCUUCCAGAACUCAACCCGACGGUCUGUCCCGGGAGCCAGCAAUGCUGCCCAAACCUGGCGUCUAUUACUUCCCCUGGGAGGUCAGCGCCAGCCACCUCCCUGAGGGCAGUGCGCUGAGGACCUUCGGCAGGUUGUCCGCCUACAAGAUGGCCGAGUCCAGAGUGACGCUGACGGCUCUGCACGAGUCACGGCAGCACGAGGUUCUGGUCUGCACCAGGCUGGUGGAGCCCUUCCACGCCCAGGUGGGCUCCCUGUACAUCGUGCUUGGGGAACUGGAGCACCAGGCAGACGGAGGUGCCGUGGUGAAGGCCCGCGUGCUGACCUGUGUGGAGGGCCUGAACCUGCCUUUACUGGAACAAGCCAUCCGGGAGCAGAGGGCCUACCUGCAGGAGAGGCUCAGCGGCCACUAGGCCAUUGCAGCGCUGCCCAGGAAACCGCGCACACCCCUGCUCCUGCGGCCAGGCCCCUGGAGCCGCUGGAGCCGCUGGAGCCCCUGGUGCUGCUGUGCCUGCAGCCUCUGCCUGGAGCCCCUGGAGCCCCUGGAGCCCCUGUGCCUGCAG